AUGCCCACUUCAGCAAGGAAAAGCAGCUUGGGUACCGCACGGCGCGCCCUUCAGAAAGCUCAUAUCCCGUACCGAGGCGAUAAUCCAAACGUCGGCAAGAAGACCGGUAUCGCUGUUCAGCAUGUCGAACGAAAGUCGGACGGAUUCGAGCCAUUCGACGAGGUGAUAGGUCAGGCAGAUGGUCGGACGCCGCCCAGACCAAAGGGAAAGAGAAAGAGCAUAGCCUACGAUGAUGAUGAGGACGAUGACGACGAAGAGGAAGAGGAGGACUAUGACGACGAGUAUGGAGAAAUGUCCAUGGAUGUCGAUAGCCCGGUACAGAACAUUGCGAGACUGCGACCACCAGCGACGCCUAAUGGACGCUCGUCUUCACGACCGGUGGCACGGAGCACGAGCGUUGACUUUGACAAGAUUCCUUCACCACGGGGACGGAGUAUGGCUCAUGGGGGCGCUGGUCCGUCUCGAUUGCGACGGUCUAUUCUUCCAGAAGAGCGGGAGCCAAGCUCGGAACCACAUGAGGAAUACGAAGACGAUGGUGGCAUGCAAAUGGAUGCUGGCGGCUAUGACGACUAUCCUGCAGAGAGUGAUCCUUCCCCUCAGAAGACUAGCUUCACCCAAAUCGAUCAAGACGACGAUGACGACGACGACGACAACGAAAACUUCCCCUUUCUCGACGAACCUCAGGAUGAACCACAGGAUGAGCCUCAAGAUGAAGACCCAGUGGAAACUCCGAAGAAAAACAAGGGGAAGGGCAAGGCGCGUUAUGAGUCUGUUCAGCCGGAGGAAGAGGAGGAGGUAGAGGCGGAGAUUGCACAAGGGUUGGAUGAGCUGGACCAUGCUCAGCAUAGCGAGGAGGAAGAGGAGCCUACACCGCAACCCAAGAAGAAAAAAGUGAAGAUCACGGAGCAGGAACCGCCCAAGACGAAGAGCAGAGGGAAGAAGGAGAAUCGACCUGUACGAGACGGUGUGCGCAGAAGUGCUCGUGAGCACUAUAAGCCGUUAGAGUGGUGGCGAGGCGAGAAGGUCGUUUACGGUCGCCCAGACUUCUCCCAAUCCCAACCUGUUCUUGUCCCACAUAUCCGCGAAAUCAUUCGAAUACCGAAGGAGCAGCCAGAGCCCUUGACCAGUAAACGUAAGAGAGGUCGCAGUCGGAGUCGGACGGUCCAACCUCAGCCUCCACCCCCCAAUCCCAAUCUGGAGGAAGGCUGGGACGACGAAACUGAGCCUGAUGCCACUGUUCUCGAUUAUCGACGUGGUCAAGAGAUGAUGAAACGUAUCGCUUGGACGGCGAAGAUGGUUAAUCCGAAGCAAGUACCGAAUGGCGAUUGGGCAUAUGAGAAGAUUCUGUGGGACGAUGACUUUAUUGCGGCUGGCCAGCUAGUCAUCCCGCCAAAGUGCCGGAAGCCAAGCAAAGCCACGAAGGAUAACACCUAUAUCUUCUACGUUAUCGAGGGCGCUGUCAACCUGAAGAUCCACGAUACCUCGCUAGUACUGGCUUCUGGAGCGAUGUUUAUGGUUCCUCGAGGAAAUACUUAUUUCAUCGAGAACAUCUCACAACGGGCUGCAAAGCUCUUCUUCACCCAGGCCCGCAAGACCAUGAACGACGAAGAGGAACGUGUUGUAGCAUUAAACAAUCGUCAGAAACGGAAGGCCAGGCGUUCAUCGAGUGCAGGGCCUUUAUCCGGUCGAGCCGAAUCAACCGCUCUUGUUAAUGGAGAUUCGACUCCUGCCCCGAGGGGUGCCUCAAGGGCCUAA